AUGAUGGAUGGCACCAAUGACAGCUCCCAAAACCAUUUCAUCUUUUUGGGGUUUUCUGAUCAUCCCCAUCUGGAGAGAAUCCUCUCUGUGGUCAUCUUGAUUGCCUAUCUCCUGACCCUUGUUGGCUACACCACCAUCAUCCUGGUGUCCUGGCUGGACCCUCACCUCCACACACCCAUGUACUUCUUUCUCACCCACCUCUCCUUCCUGGUCAGUUUCACCACCAGCUCCAUCUCCCAGCUGCUCUAUAACCUUAACGGAUGUGACAAGACCAUCAACUAUGCCAGUUGUGCUAUCUAGCUCUUUCUAUUCCUAGGUCUAGGUGGUGUAGAGUGCCUGCUCCUGGCUGUCAUUGCAUAUGACCAGUUUGUUGCAGUCUGCAAGCCCCUGCACUACAUGGUGAUCAUGAAUCCACGGCUCUGCCUGGGCUUGGUGUUGGUGGCCUGGGGCUGUGGGGUGGCUAACUCCUUGGUCAUGUCUCCAGUGACUCUGCACUUAUCCUGCUGUGGGCACCACCAUGUGGACCACUUCCUGUGUGAGAUGUCAGCCCUGAUCCAGAUGGCCUGCAUCAACACUGUGGUCAGAGGCACUGUCUUUGUCCUGGCGAUGGGCAUUGUGCUUUCACCUUUGGUUUUUAUCCUGGUCUCUUAUGGCUACAUCUUGAAAGCCAUGCUACAAAUUCAAGGAGCAUCAGGGAGGCAAAAGGUCUUUAACACUUGUGGCCCCCAUCUCACUUUCUAUGGAAACAUCAUCUACUUGUAUAUGCAACCAGGAAACAGCUCCUCCCAGGACCAGGGCAAAUUCCUCACCCUCUUCUACAACAUUGUCACUCUGCUCCUGAACUCCCUGAACUACACCCUCAGAAACAAAGAGGUCAAGGGGGCACUGAGGAGGCUGCUGCUGGGUAACAGAGAGGUAGGAAGGGAGUAA